AGAGGCUGGGGAAGGUAGAGCGGCACCAGAGGGGCGGGCGCCUUUAGGCGCGGGAGUGGCGGGCUCAAGUGGGCAUUGUUAACGGUCGCCCGCUCGCCGGUCACCCGUGCCUCCCGCCACGUUCUGCCGGCGUCUGCGCUCGGCACCCAUCAGAAGCAAGAAGACCAUGGUUCUGUCUGCUCGAUGUAGCUUCAUAAGCAGGAUGUGGUGAGCUGUCUCUGACAGAGUGAAGUCCCAGAGACGAAGCCAGGCAGACACUGGCUGGGAACCCUCAGCCUUCCCUGGCCUCUCGGGGUUUUCCUGCUUCCUGAGAGCAGCAAUGGAAAAGCCUGUGACUAGGAAAAAGAAGAACCAGGCCCCAAAGGAGGAGGCAGGUGUGCAAAAGGCCACUGUCAAAGGAGAGAAAACAUCAAAGGGGAAAAAGCCAACCAAGAAGCCACGAAAGCCCCGCAAACCCCGAAAAGAGCCUGUCCUGAGUCCCGAAGAUGAAGCACAUAUCUUUGAUGCCUUCGAUGCCUCAUUUAAAGAUGACUUUGAGGGUGUCCCCGUGUUUGUUCCUUUUCAGAGGAAGAAGCCCUAUGAGUGCAGUGAAUGUGGACGGAUCUUUAAACACAAGACAGACCACAUUCGCCACCAGAGAGUUCACACUGGAGAGAAGCCCUUUAAGUGUGACCAGUGUGGGAAGACCUUCAGGCACAGCUCAGAUGUCACCAAACAUCAAAGAAUUCACACCGGCGAGAAGCCCUUUAAGUGUGGGGAGUGUGGGAAAGCCUUCAACUGUGGCUCCAACCUUCUGAAACACCAGAAAACGCACACUGGAGAGAAACCUUAUGGCUGUGAGGAGUGUGGAAAAUCCUUCGCCUACAGCUCCUGCCUCAUCCGGCAUCGGAAGCGUCACCCGAGGAAGAAGCACUGAGCAGGGCGGCCUACAACUGUGGAUCCUGGUCAGACACCUAAUGAUGGUCAGAGUUCUUAUGCAGUGUGCUGUUGAUGGCCCAUCUGGCCACCCGUCUCUGUCAUUGAAAGGAAAAUCUACCCAUCAGACAUGAGAGCCCACAGAGACUUUCUGCCCUGCGAGUCUACACUUAGUGGUGACACGGUGCUCCCCAGGGCUUCCUGAAGCUCCAGCCAUUUCCCAGACUACUUUAUGCUACUCAGGGCCAUCUUUGGAACAGCUUUGGGUCACCCCUGUUGACAAGGGCCACUGCCUUCCUCUGCUGCUUCUGUCUGUGCCAACCAUGUGCUUUUGUCUCUUCUUUUGAAGACUUCUGGCUCUGCAUGUCCAGCCCCAUGCAGUCUACUAGGAGCAAGGAACCCUGAGGUGGAUGACAGGCAGCACUCUGACCAACUCUGAGGACCAGUCCCCUUGGACAGCACCAAGUCCUGCUCAUCUCUGUGCAGCUGACUUCGGUGAUCCUAAUUUUUUUCCCUCUGGCUGAAACAACAGUCUUUGAGCUCAACUCCUGGGCCUAGAACUGGGCUGCAGUGUGUUCCCCUGUCCUGGCCACAUCUUAGACAAGUCUCCUGGAUCCACCCAAAGUCUCAGCAGACCCUUGCACCCUGGCAUAGUGGCAGAGUUUUUAGAUUAGAUCUUGUAACUCCAGGGUGCCAUCAGCAGCUUCUAUCCACUGUACCUUCAAAAACAACUGUGGCCCUGCCCCUCAGCAGCCCACCAUUCAGGUCAAUUCCACUUCCUGCUGGUCAGCAAGGCAAGACCAUGUGAGUGUGUCUACCCUCUGUCCCAAGUGCUCUGUGAGGUCUGUGUUCUAAAGAUGGCAAGUGACUGCUGACCAGGAGGGCUGCCUGAGCAGAUCUCUCCAAGAAGCUCAGAGAACUCAAGAGAGUCAGUGUCUACCUCUACCACAGAGCACAGCAGAGACCCACUGGGUCAUGCUCCAGGGAGGCUGUCAUCAUAGAAUCCAUCGGCAACAAGAAAGCUGUGAGUGGGUGAGCUCAGGGAGGCUUUUUGGACUCCAUGUGGUGACUACAGGUCACUUUCGCUUGUUCCCACCUGAAGUUAAGAUGGCCACAGCAUUCACGAGCAACUGAAUGUCUGAGUUCUGCUCACUGAAGUCUACUGAGGAAUCCCCAGCACCAACUCUGUACUUCAGUGAGAGACAUUGUGAAUAGCCACCUGGGAACAAACAAAAUGUUCAGAACCUUCUAGAUGUCUUGAGAUGGGUCCUGGGGCAACUAAGAACACUCCAGCAAAGUCCUGGGAUUCUAAUUACAGAAAUGCAUUCAACUGCAGCCAGAGAUGUCCUACAAGUCCAAGGCACUCCGUUCCUCAGCACCUCAGCUGCUGUGUCAGGCGGGCCUUGUCCUGCAGAAGAGCUCUGACCAGCACGGCCGCUGCUGAGCCUUACUUAGAGCAGAGAGCACCGCUAGGGCCUGACAACAAGCGAGUGAGUGAGAGCUCUGAGCUGGAUUGUAUCCAUUCCUUCUGCUUCCUCCCAGCCAAGAGAAAAGGCGGAAGCCACCUCGAGGAGAGUCAGAAGUAGCCCUGGGCUGGGUCCAGGACUCUUCUGUUUGGGGAGACCAGUGGGAUAGACUUGACUAGCUGCCGCCUUCUGUUCUUGGAAGUCUGCAGCUCCAGAGCACGAAUGUGCUCCUUUCCUCCUGACCUUGGAUCCAUCAUCAGGACAAUGAUUCCUGAGCCAAUAAGUUGGGACAGCAAGAUGCCCUGAAAAGGAAGGCAGAACAAGGGCCCUAGGAAGGAAGGCUAUGUACCCUGACUCAAGGGAAAGAUGCUCUGUGGCUCUUAGGGAAGACUCAGGGGAAUGGGUUCACCUCUGGGGUGGACCCCAGGUAUAGUGCAAACAAGGAGACUGGCCUGUGUGCCACAUUUAUCUUUAGACCAAGAGAUGGUGCCCACCUUCAGCCUACCCUUUCCAGUGCCUAGUGCCUGUGGAGUUGGGUGUUUGUUUUCUCCUGGUUCCUUCUCAAGGAAGAUAUGUGGAUUGACCUGACUCAAAUCCUGUAGGGCUGAUGUUUUCAUGUGACAGCUCCCAGCCAGCACCUAGGUGAGACUGUUUCCCUGCGUCUGGGCCUGCAGCCAUUUGACUUUGGACCUGCACAGGGUUCCUGGCACCUGCGUGUUGGUGGCACCCAGCUGGCCUGUCCACACCUCACCUCGGCCACAUCAUGAUCUGGUGUGUGUCCUAAUGCCUCAUCUGUAUACUGCAGUGAGUGGUGCCAUCCUCUUACAGCCACAGCCGUGGCCUGGUGUGUUGUAGCAGACGCUGUCCCCAGUCUGGUGUUUCUGUUUGACAUUUGUUAAUGCUUGCGUCCAUGUAAUACCCUGGUGCUGUGUCAGUGUUGUGCACAUUGGACCCGACAUUCUGCUUUGUUGUGCACUUGGUGACUUCCUUCAUAUGUGACUCCUCUGCUCCAUGGACAGCGGCACUGAUGCUCCAUGUUGCCUUCCAGUUGCUGCCAUGGUGCUGUGAGCAGAUGCUGUUGGUGCUGCUACUGGACAUCUAUUUUCUCAUAAAAGUAAAUGUGUUUCCAACUUGCUUACUGUGCUCUGUUGGGUUCCCUACAGUGUGAGCAAAAGUCCUCAAGGAAGCCACCAGCUUUCUUCACUGAGGACAACUACAAGACCAGGGUCCCAGCUGGUCACUGUUUCUUGGGAGUGUCUAGAUGCUUCCAGUGACCAAGCUCAUGAGAGUAUAAUGUGUAAUUCAAAAAGGUCACCACUGCUGUUACCAUGGGUGAGGGUGGAGGUUGUACAAAAAAAGCAAGACAUUGUCCUGCCUUUCUGACCCCAGAUACUGGGAGGCCAGGUUAUGGUUUAGUUAGUUCAGUACCUGUAGUGGAGACCCUGAAGGAAACCUGAGAAAUGUCUGUUCAUUUUUCAUUUAGGGCAGUUCUCAGCAAGGUGUGAUCCUGCAAGGGACACUUAACAGUGCCUGGGGACAGUUUAUUUGAAGGAUCUGGUGAGAAGAGGCAAGGAUUUAGCCAAACCUCACAGUGCACAGGUCAACCCCAGCCUGGCAACAGGGAGCACUGGUGCCAUGUUACUCAGGAAACCAGGACUGAGUUAGGCUGUGCAGGCAGCAGAAGCAGCUCUGGCCCUGACCUUUCCUGACCCACUCUCCCACAGCCUCAGGACGAACCUUAACAUGAAGUAAAAGGGUCACUUGAGCUUGAAAACCCUAGAGAAGCUGGGAUAAAAAUUAUGUACCACCCAAAAAUGGGGUGGAGCUGGAGGUGUAACAGAGUGACAAAACACACACUUAGCACCCUGGAGAUCCCUUGUUAAAGGGAGGUGGGGGAGGUCUGGAGAGAUGGCUCAGUGAUUAAAAGCACUGGUUGCUCUUCCAGAGGACCCAUGUUUGAGGCUCAGCACCCACGUGGCAGCUCACAACAAUCUGUAACUCCAGCUCCCGGGGAAUCUGCCUCCUUGAGCUGCUCUCCACAGGUUCAGGCAUGUAAGCAGCACACAGACAUAGUAGGCAAAAAGUAAAAAGUAGAUCCCUCUCAUUGAGGAGUGUCGGUGUAUCCGGGACCCUUGGAAUGACACCCACAUUCUGGAGAGUGGCGUUACUUAGGGCUAUUCUAUCUGACCCUUGCUCAUCUUGCUCCAUUCCCCCCUUGCUUACCACAUCCCACCCUGCCUGUUCUCUCGGGUCCAAACUACUGCUAGCACUUCCCACACCUCAAGACCUUUGCACACACUAUUUCUUUUGAAUAUCACCUCUCCCUCCUCAGGUUAUCUCAGAUAUCAAGCCUCCACUCUCCAGGUCACUAUGUGUGGAAUACCACUGGGGCAUGAGUGUAAGCCAAUAGAAAGUCUUUAGUAGCCAGCCAGCCAGCAACUAUAUGUGUACAGGAUCCCAUUGUAGCCUCAAGCCUUUCUCUGGGUGAGCUGUUAAGCACAGGAACCAUGUCUUGGAUUGACAUACCUCAGUUAACAAGAACAGUUAGCCAGAAGCAGAACUACAGAAGCCAAAAAGCAAGGUUAGGACAUUUAGAGACUUUAGCAGAACUAUGGAUUUGCUGAACUAGAUCUUGGGAUUUGUUUUGUUUUUGUAUGGUUGAUUUGGUUUGGCUUGGGUUUUUUGUUUGUUUUGUUUUUUGUCCAGUGGUGACGUCUAUGUGCUGAGUUUGAUGACCUGAAUGGUACUUUCAUCAUGGAGUCAGUACAGAUAGUGCUAAGGACCAUUAAUUUUACCAAAUUGUUGCAUAAUUGUCCAUAUAGUUUAAGAUGCAGGGCCCCACCAUUAAUAGAAUUAAAAUAAGAAAGGCCCAGGCAGUGCUAAUAGUGUGAGGGCUGAAGAAACUCCAUUCUAGCUAGGUAUCUAUCUUGGUACUCAACGGUCCCUGGAAUAUAAGUUCCCAGUAACCCUGACUCAGUCACUCCCACCCAGAAAUGUACAGCCAUGACCGACUACUUGUUAUGACUUCUUUUGGUUUCUGUAACCUGCUUAUGCAGAUAUUCAAGGCCUAUUUUGAGGUCGCCCUGACUGCCUAACCGUGGCAGAGCAGCACAGCUCCUGGCUUGCUGGUGCAGACACUCAAUGUGGGUUUUGCCAUUACAAAUCCUUCCCUCGACCCUUUGCACAGCAGUCUCUAGUUUGGCUCAGAAAUUGUUGUCCUUCUAGUGGUUUCAAUAAAUUUAACUAAUUAUAAUCCA